CAGGAUGCGCGCGGGCCCCGGGCGCCCCGGCCUGAGCACCAUGGCCUUGUGCGCACUGCUGCUGCUGCUGGCACUCGGCCCCGGCCUCUCCAGCCAGAAGUCGGAUGACGAUUAUGAAGAUUACACCUCUAACAAAACCUGGGUGCUGACGCCCAAGGUCCCCGAGGGGGACGUCACCGUGAUCCUCAACAACCUCCUGGAAGGGUACGACAACAAGCUGCGGCCAGACAUUGGAGUCAAGCCCACGCUGAUCCACACAGACAUGUACGUGAACAGCAUCGGGCCUGUGAACGCCAUCAACAUGGAGUACACCAUUGACAUCUUCUUCGCGCAGACGUGGUACGACCGGCGGCUCAAGUUCAACAGCACCGUCAAGGUGCUGCGGCUGAACAGCAACAUGGUGGGCAAGAUAUGGAUCCCAGACACCUUCUUCCGCAACUCCAAGAAGGCCGACGCGCACUGGAUCACCACCCCCAACCGCAUGCUGCGCAUCUGGAACGACGGCCGCGUGCUCUACACCCUGCGGUUGACAAUCGACGCUGAGUGCCAAUUACAGCUACACAACUUCCCCAUGGAUGAGCAUUCCUGCCCCUUGGAGUUCUCCAGCUACGGCUACCCGCGUGAGGAGAUCGUGUACCAGUGGAAGCGCAGCUCGGUGGAGGUGGGCGACACACGGUCCUGGAGGCUCUACCAGUUUUCCUUCGUGGGGCUGAGGAACACCACCGAGGUCGUGAAGACCACCUCAGGUGACUAUGUGGUGAUGACUGUGUACUUUGACCUGAGCAGGAGGAUGGGUUACUUCACCAUCCAGACCUACAUCCCCUGCACCCUCAUUGUGGUGCUGUCCUGGGUGUCAUUCUGGAUCAACAAGGACGCUGUUCCUGCCCGCACCUCACUGGGCAUCACCACGGUCCUCACAAUGACCACGCUCAGCACCAUCGCCCGCAAAUCACUGCCCAAGGUGUCCUACGUGACAGCCAUGGACCUGUUCGUGUCCGUGUGCUUCAUCUUUGUGUUCUCGGCGCUGGUUGAGUACGGCACACUACAUUACUUUGUGAGCAACCGCAAGCCCAGCAAGGACAAGGACAAGAAGAGGAAAAACCCGCUUCUCCGGAUGUUUCCCUUCAAGGCCCCCACCAUCGACAUCCGGCCCCGCUCGGCCACGGUGCAGAUGAACAACGCCGCCCACCUGCAGGAGCGCGACGAGGAGUACGGCUACGAGUGUCUGGACGGCAAGGACUGCGCGAGCUUCUUCUGCUGCUUCGAGGACUGCCGCACCGGCGCCUGGCGCCACGGCCGCAUCCAUAUCCGCAUUGCCAAGAUGGACUCCUACGCCCGCAUCUUCUUCCCCACCGCCUUCUGCCUCUUCAACCUCGUGUACUGGGUGUCCUACCUCUACCUGUGACACGGGCCCAGCACAGACCCGUGGCGGGCGCCCCUGCGGCGUGUAGAUAUCUCGUAGCCGGCCCCCGGGCGCAUGCAUGCUCUGCAGCCCGGCACAGGCCCCUCCCUCCCCCUCCCUCCCUCCCUACCUCCCGCACUUGGGGCCGCUGCCCUGUGACAGCCCAGAAGGAGCCACACUCGGCCUGGCCGCCCGGCCCUGCCUGUCCUCCUGGGAUGACGGCCACAGAGCCAGGCCGCACCCCUGACCUGCCUGCUCCUGGAUGUGCCCAGGGAGGGCCCGUGCUCUGGCCACACCCCCACCCACUAGACUCCCACCAUAGAAACAGAAAGACCCAGAUGUGCAGUGCCCACGGCCCUGGCCAGGCCUGGACUGUGAGGCGGGCAUAGAGGCACUAGCCUCCAGCCCCCAUCAGAUCAGGGGCUCAGCCACUAGCACUGAGAACAGCACAAACAUCCAGGAGGAGGAAGGCCAGAGACGGCUCGCACGGAUGAGCCCAGCACUCUGUGGCCAUCCUGUACCAUGGCGGAUCCUGCAAUCAGCUCCCAGCCUCCCGGCCUGUCCUGGGUGACCUAAGGGGUGCAGGUGGCUUGGUCAGCAGGCCGUCUGGGAAAGCCCCGGCCAUGCCAAGCCACACUGCAGGCCCUGGGCCGAUGGCACUGACGGGCAAGGGGCAGAGGGGCCCUGGAGACCAUGGGUGGGGAGGUGAGAGCUAUCAUGGCUGCCUGGACGGUGC